UAUUAGAGAUGUCCGAUAUUAUCGGCCCACCGAUAUUAUCGGCCCGAUAUUAGCAUAAAAAUGUAAUAACUGUCAAUAUCGGUAUCAGAUUUUUUUUGCCUUAAAACCGAUAAAAUAAUGCUUGCGUUACACCCAAAUAGUUCUUAUGCGCUCCUGAAGCGUUUACCGGCGCACAGAUGAUGACCUCAUCAAGCUGCGUCUUGAACCUUACAAACAAACAAGCGUGGAUGGCUACAAACUUGCUCGCUCUGUUUCAACACUAUGUCUGCGGUUUGGAAUUAUUUUCAAGUGUCUCCUUCGGACGUUAAACUUGCGAUUUGCAAUGACUGCAAAGCAUCAGUUAUGCGAGGCGGAACCAAAACUUCUUCCUUCAACACUUCCAAUUUAAUCAACCACCUCAGGCUGAAUCAUUCAGAGAGUUACGCGGCAUUUGUGCAGCAAAGCAAUGAGAAGAAGCAAAAGGGACAGGCGGCGGCACCGAAAACAAGGACUCAGUUGACGCUCAAAGAGUCCACCGAGAAAAAACAGAAAUACGCCAAGAACCCCCCCAGGGCAAAAGCCAUAAAUCGGAAAAUCAUUGAGUGUAUUGCACUGGAUAACCAGCCCUUUUCAAUCGUACAAGACGCCGGAUUCACCAAACUUGUUGAGUUCCUCGAGCCACGCUUUGCCAUGCCCAACCGCAGGUAUUUAACAGAUGUUUGCCUACCCGAGUUGUACAGUGCUGUUUACAGCCACGUCGAGAAGCUAAUUGUUGAUGCUGUAUCCAUUAGCUUCACAACAGAUAUCUGGUCUUCAAGCGUUAGCCAGGUUAGCAUGUUGAGCUUGACUGCUCAAUGGCUAGAUAAAGACUUUGUGCUGAAAAAGGCUGUGCUUCACUCCCAAGAGUGCCGCGGGUCUCAUACGGCAGAAGCAAUCGCAUCUGCGUUUGAAGGGAUGUUCGAGACGUGGAAAAUCCCCAAGGAGAAUGCACACGUAGUGGUCAGAGACAACGCACGGAACAUGGCUAAAGCUACGGCGGAGUUUGGUGUCCCAAGUUUGCCCUGCAUGGCACAUACCUUACAGCUCGCAGUGAAUGGAGGUGCCCUGUCUCAGCGCAGUAUUGCAGAUGCCCUGGCUGUUGGGAGGCGAGUGGUAGGACACUUCAAGCACUCACCACUUGCGUGCAGUCGUUUUGAAGACAUACAAAAAGAACUCAAUAUGCCCGUGAAAAAGCUGCAACAAGACGUGUCCACCAGGUGGAAUUCCACCUAUUAUAUGAUGCAGAGCCUGGUGGAACAAAAGAGGGCUUUGAGUGCAUAUGCUGCUGAUUAUGAACUCCCCACAACAUUGACAGCAAGCCAGUGGGGGAUUAUGGAGAAGAUGAUCACCCUCCUGGAACACUUUGAGCAGCUAACCAGGGACAUCAGCGCUGCAGAGGCCACUGCUGCAGAUGUCAUCCCUGGUGUGGUGUCCCUGACACGGCUGCUUGCCAAGACGGAUGAAUCAGACAAAGGUGUGCAAACAGCCAAACAUGCUCUAUUCGAAGCUGUCAGUAAACGCUUUGAUGGAGUGCAAACUGAACCUCUUUAUGCAAUUGCAACCAUGGUUGAUGCUCGCUACAAAGACCGUUAUUUCGACCCGGAUAAGAAGGAGGAAGCACGGAAUAUGCUGCUGAACGUUGUGGAUGAAAUGGCCAGUGUGGGCAAUGAUCAACGAGAAGACGCUGCUGGUGCCAGUGCAGAUGAUCCAGGCCAGGAGGACCAGGACCCCCCACCUAAGAGGGCCCGAACUGGGAGCCUGCAGGACAUGUACCAAAAAAUCCUCACAGAGAAUGAUGUCGCCAAACAAGCAACUACAGGCGAAACAGCUACACAGGUUCAUGCAUACCUGGGAGAAGCCACCAUCCUCAAGACAGCUUGCCCUUUCAAGUACUGGAGCUCCACCCAGAUUCGCUUCCCUGCACUUGCCCGAGUUGCACGCAAGUACCUCACUGCGCCCUGUACCAGCGUAGACAGCGAGCGGCUAUUCAGCGCCGUCUCCCAUGUCAUAGACGAAAAGAGAAAUCGCAUAGGCCUACACUGCAACAAUGCUGAGAUGCUUAUUUUCAUUCAGAAAAAUCUACCUCUCACAUAUAUGGACAUGGGAAAAAAUUAGACCAGUCAUAUAGGCGAGUCAGCAUCAGACUUUUAGCCUCAUUUGUUGCACUUUAAAGGAGAGUUAUGUUUACUAGGCUGGACUGAA